UUUGUUAACCUAUCUUAUCAGUAGACAAUGUAGACAUUUUGCUUGGGCAAUUCAAUUACUUUUUAGAAUUAAAAAUCAACUAUAAUUGUUGGAUUUUCAAUUGAAAACAAAGUUCUAAAUAUUUUAUGGUUUCAAACCGACGUAUUUUUAAUAUUUUUGUAACAUCUCAAAAUUCGCGGUAAAGUUAAUAGUAGACACAGUGAACUUUGGGCGCGGAGUAAGGCCUCAGCGGAAUCGAACCUCUGCUGUAUGUGUAUUGUGUUAAUAUGUUAAUCGUGUAGUCAAGUCAGUUGAUCAAAGCAAUUUAGUGAUGUAGCCAUCAAGAUGAUAGUCCUGAAAAUCUUUGGCGAUCCCAUAUCACUUAUUAAGUAAACCCUAUCCAGUUUUCACCUCAAAGAUUAAGUUUUAAAAUUAUGUUUGACCGACUCCCACAACAAGAAAUUGGCUCCCCUCAAGCCAGGAUGCCUACUAUAGUUGAACAUUCAACUCUGAACUCUGACUAUUCCCCUACUAUAAGUAGAUACGGUCGGUCUCAUAAGCCAAAAAUACAGGAUGAUUAUGUUUCAACUGACAAAAAAGUCAGCGCUUAUCUAAAAGUCAGUCCCGGGAAUCAGAUUAAAUACUAUUCGAUAAAAGAGCCAAAAAAGAAACCUUCUCCAAAAAAGGUUUCACCUGAAGGCAGUGUGAAAAGGGGAAGACCGCCAAAGCUGAAGACCCCGACAAAAGAUGAAACACCAGAUGGUAUUGAAAAUGCAGAAAGAACGAUCAAAACAGAACCUCAAGAUCCAAACAUUCCAGUAGAUGGAUGUGAAUGGAUGGUUGGAGACUUAGCUUGGGGAAGAGUUGGGGGUCAUCCAUUCUGGCCCUGUGUCAUCGCUAUGGAUCCAGUCCAUAAGAUUUUUACUAAAAUUGUUUUGAGAGGGCGCAACAGCACUGUUGGACAGCGCUGGUUGCACGUCCAGUUCUUUGGAGACAACGGACGUCGCAGCUGGCUCAACUCUUCCGCAGUCAUGGCCUUCAACGGUAGAGAUGCAUUUGUACAGCUUGGUGAAACUGUACUGGCUGGGAUGAGGAAGAAAGAUCCAAAACAAACAUCAGCUUUUGUCAUCAAGCCAGCUGUUAUACAAGUAUGGGAAAAAGCUGUUCAGGAGGCUGAGGAUUUGGCAAGUGCAACAAGGGAAGAGCGUAUAGAAUUUUUCACAAUCCAUUUUCCACUGAUGCUUCCUAAAUCAUUCACAAGAGAAGAGCUGAUAGAAAAAGUUUUGGAUAGUUCUUCCAUGACACCUACCAAGAAAAGGGGAAGAAAAAGGAAAGCUGAGACUAUUCCACCAGAAGACCAAGCUAAGAACAAACAGAUCAAGUUGGAGAAAGAAGAUGAUGAAGAAGCAAAUGUAGAGACAAUACCAGCAGAGACACCAAUAAAGGAGGAGGUAAAAGCGAAACAAGAGCCGAAAGAUGACUGUAACGCAUUGUUGUCAUCAACUCCACGUACGAUUGCAGACCGUAAAAAGCGGCAAGCUCUGCUGAUGCAGAUGGCUCGGAGUAACCAGAUGGCAGCGGCCGAUGUAGCAGCCAAUGAGGUUACUAUUGAGCAGACCACACCUGUGACCGAGGAUAAGUCCACGUCCAAGAGGCCUUUGUACGCUGAAUCAACACCAAUAGAGAAGAAAAAGCCAAAAAGGAAGUAUGUUAAAAAGGUAGUAGAUGCUGACUUCCAAAAUUUUUGUUCAAGAAAUUUUGAAAAACUUUCUGACGAGCAUCCCGAUUUAAGUGAAAAAGAGAUCCAGAAGCAUUUACAAAACAUGUGGAAUCAUAUGGAUGAUGCUGCAAAGUCAAGAUAUCGAGCAAGGAAGGGUUGUGCCAUUCAGGAGCAAGACGACAGUGAGUCGUUAGAAGAAACAACAGAAGAAGUGGAAGAGGAGAAUGAGUCUUCCAAAGGCAGCAAUGAAGUAGAGGUUCAGUCUGCAGCCAGCAACAGCCCAGCCCCCGUCCAUAAACCCUCAGUCGUCAAAAGGAACAGUAAAAAUUUAUUUUCAGGAGUCAAAUCUGAAAAGGUUUGCCAGAUCUGUGAAAGAGUGGGAGACACAAUUAGAUGCAGAGGCCCUUGUCAGGGUUACUACCACCCUAGCUGUGUGAUCAAUCCUCUACCUCCCCCCUCCCCCACACAAACCCCCACGCGAACCUUUGUCAAGAAGGGGAAGAGAGGUAAGCCCAAGUCAAGCUCAGUGGCUUCACUUGUCACAGAAAACAUUGUUCCUUUGCCAGAAGAAAAGGACAAUGAAGUCUCUAAUGAUGUCGCUGAGAGUCAACCAGAACAAGGAAAUAAAACUGAGGUGGACCCCAGUGUUGAUGUUGAGGUUGUGGAGGCGACACCCAAAGUGAGAAAGAUCAGUAAGGAUAGUAGUGGAGAAGAUGAUGAAGGUUUUCGCUGCAAAGACUGUAGACAAGGUCGUUCACAGCCUUGCUUCGCCUGUCACGAGUAUGUCCAGAAGAAAACUGGAGAGUCCAAACUCUACCGGUGCAUUACAUCCAACUGUGGGAAGGUGUACCAUGAGGAAUGUCUGAAAGCUUGGCCGCAGACCUCAUGGAGGGGUACCAACCGAGGAGUGUUGACUUGUCCUCAACACUGUUGCCACACCUGUGUGUCUGACAACCCUGGUGUCAUCAAGGCAAGGUACAGCAAUGACAAACUAGUGCGCUGCAUCAAGUGUCCUACAUCCUACCACUACGGGAACUAUUGCCUCUCAGCUGGGUCGGAGAUCUUGACAAGUUCACAGAUAAUUUGUCCUCAACAUUACAAACCUCGCAAGAAAAGUAUUACCCACCAUCUGAAUGCUGCAUGGUGCUUCAUCUGUGCUUCAGGAGGAUCUUUGAUCUGCUGUGACUUGUGUCCCACGGCAUUCCAUGCUGAUUGUCUCAAGAUCUCCACUCCGCCAGACACCUACGUGUGUGAGGACUGCCAGACUGGCCGCUUCCCUCUCUAUGGCGAGAUUGUUUGGGUUAAACUUGGCAUCUACAGGUGGUGGCCAGCAGAAAUUCUGUACCCCUCCCAGAUCCCUGACAACAUCUUGAACCUUCCCCAUGUGAGGGGUGAGUUUGCUGUCAGGUUCUUUGGGUCACAUGACCACUACUGGGUCAACCGAGGCCGCGUCUUCUUGUACCAGGACGGGGAUACUGCUGGAAAGCCAAACUACAAGAAGUCUGCAGUGGACAAUAUGUUUGAGAAAGCAGUCAAAGAGGCAAGUGAGGCUCAGAGAAGAUAUCUGGAGGAGAAGGCCAGUAGAGAUGCUGAGACUAGACCUGGCAUGAAGCCUCCAAACUAUGUGAAGCUGAAGACCAACAAACCUGUUGGCAAUGUCCGCACUAUGGACAUGAACCUGUCCAACCUGACGCCCUGCGAGUGUGAUCCUAACAGUGACAAUCCGUGCGCUCCGGACUCUGACUGUCUCAACAGAAUACUGAUGGUGGAAUGUCACCCGCAAGUGUGUCCAGCUGGAGAUAAGUGUUGCAAUCAGCUGUUUGAGAAGCGGCAAUAUCCUCCACUGCAGCCUUACCAUACUCAGGAGAGGGGUUGGGGGCUCAAGACUCUAGUGCCUCUCAAGAAAGGUGACUUUGUUAUUGAGUACGUGGGUGAAAUGAUUGAUGAGGAUGAAUACAAGAGAAGACUGGCAGAUAUGCACGAGAGAAAUGAAGACAACUUUUACUUCCUCACGAUUGACAAGGAUCGGAUGCUGGAUGCUGGGCCUAAGGGCAACGUUGCCAGAUUUAUGAAUCACUCAUGUCAGCCGAACUGUGAGACUCAGAAGUGGACAGUGAAUGGUGACACUCGUGUGGGACUAUUUGCUCUGUUUGACAUCGUAGCAGACACUGAGCUAGUCUUCAACUACAACCUAGAGAGUACGGGCAAUGACAAGAAGCCUUGCAUGUGUGGAGCACCCAACUGUAGUGGCUUCAUUGGUGUCAAAGCUAUCAAGCAAGAAAAAGAAGAAAAUAAAGAUAAAAAACCAGUGAAAAAGAAGAAAGCGGCCAAAGUCCGUGAUGGGAAGUGUUUCAUGUGUAAGAAAGAAGGAGAUCUGUUGCGAUGUGAUGGCAAACACUGCACAAAAGGCUACCACCUCAGCUGCCUAAACAAGAAACAGGCACCCCAAGGCUACUGGCUUUGUCCGUGGCACCAAUGCAACGUUUGCAACAAAGGCAGAGUGCGCCGAUGCUCUUUGUGUGUCAACUCCUACUGCCAGGAGCACGCUGAAGGAAACAUCAUUGAGGACCCUGACUCCAAGCAUCUUCUUUGCACUCAACACAAUAAGGACAAAGCUGUUGACAGCAUUGAUACGAAAGUUGCUAAAGAUGCCUCCCUUAUAAUAGAAGUGGAUGGAAACCUGAGUGAUAACUCCACCACAACAUCUAGUCUCAGUUCUGAUUCGACCAUCAACAACAACGUUCUGAAGCCACAAGAGACACCGAAGAUGAGGACACGCAGGUCCAAGAGCUUUGCAGAUGACAACGAGAGUGUCAAGAAAGUUAGCAGUAGGAGGAAACGUCCUUUGUCCGUUGAUGAAUUACUGAUAACUUCCCUUGAAAAGACUGAGGCCAAGAAUAAAGUAAGUUGUAAGCCUAAACCAAAAAUGUGCAUUGCUGAAAGUGUGGUCAAAGAGAUUAUAUAUGAGGUUAUCGAUCAUUUAAAUGAUAAACCGCUAGAUCAGUCUGACCAAGAAACAUAUAUGAAAAAUGACUUAAAUAAAUUAACUAAUAGCUUACCUGAAACUGUUGAGGCAAGAAAUGAUGUAGCAAGUAACUUGGAUAAAAGCAAACUUAAUAUUGUUAAAGCUAAUGAGGCUGAUCUUGAUACUGGAAAUGUCCAGAUAAGAAAUACUGAAGAACCAAAGACUAUAAAAAGUAACAAUGAAGCUUAUAUGGAAUGUAAAACAGAUGAUAAUAUUGAAGAUGCCAAUGAUAGUAGGAAUGUAAUGGAUAGUACAGAAACUGACCUCUUACAAAAUCAGGAAGGUUUUGAUUGUACAACUCCUUUACAAAUUGGCGAAAAUAAUCCUAAUUCAGAGUGUAAAGAAAAAGAAAACUGUGUCCAUAAUGGUCUGGUCGUUAAAAAUACAGAAGUCAAAAUUCCUUUCACCAAAAUUGAUGAUGAAAGUAGCAAAGAAGCAGAAGUAAAUGAUUCAAAAAUUGAAAGUUCAAAAACAGCAAUUGGUGCUGAUGAAAAUAUGGAUGACUUUGAACUUUCGUAUUCAGAAAACAGCACUGAUAAAUUAUUCAAAAGUGUCAACAACUCAGAGUCUUCAAUAGAAAUGAAAUUGACUGAUUGUGGGACCACAGAAGAUGAUGUUGUAGCAAGGAAACUAGAAGAAAUGCAUGAGACUAGAGAGAUGGUUAAUGGCAUUGAAAAAUCCAGUGUCAUGGAAGUUGCCUAGGUUCUCUUUUUAGGAUAUUUAAAGCAAAUCGAUAUAAGAUAUGCUAUUAUAUUACUUUGCCUUAAACCAUUUUAGUUUUAGGACUGUAUGAUGUUCAUUUGUAAGUUUGCCUGAAUAUUGGGUGACUGCAUUCACGGUGGACAUUUAUUACACAAAUUUUAGCUGAAAAAUUAUAUCUAUACAAGUGUUUUUUAAAUUGCUUGUAACUUUGUUGAAGUGACAUGCCCAGGUUAUUCUCAUAAUCUAUAAAGCACAUUUUACCAAUGAAAUUGAAGGUUUUUAAUUUAUCUGUUGUAUCACAGUUUUGUAGAUAGUUGCUUCCACAAACCUUUGUUUUAUGCCACUUUAUCAUCUAUAUUUUAGCGUAUGUUUAUGUAAAUAAUGUUUUCUUUGUGAAUGCUGUUCCAUUUAUAUAUUGUUUGUCAAUCCUUUGUUUAUCGUUAUUUCUCACAUAUGAUGACAUUCUGAGUGUUUAAGCUAACAAAAUUUAUUGCACAUUUAUUAGACUACAAAUUUUAAACACAAUUGAAAAAAGUUUGAUACUAUUUAUUUAGAAGAAUAUUUUAUAUUUCAAGUGUUUUCUUAACAAUUUUUAUGUGUAUGGAGGGUGCUGUCAACCUGCCUUACUAUUUUUAUAAAUAUAGAAGAUAAAUGUUACCUAUUAACAGCCAGUCUGUAGUAAUUUUCAUCGUCUAUGAACGAUGCAUGUUUAUUGUAUUAGAGGGUCUUUGUACACAAUAAAGCUAUUCAAAUUUUA